CGGCUCUUAAACUUCCGGUACAUAAAAUGGCGAUUCAUAAGAUGAGCAUAGAAUGACUUCGACACAAGGAGAACCCGAGUUUCCUUUUGACUCGGAGGAGGAGUAUGAAUUGAUACUCGGGGAAAGUUUUCUUUCAAACCGGCCCAAUGCAGGCUUUCAUACGAUACGAUAUGAUUUUAAACCAGCAUCAGUUGAUACAUCACAAUCAGGAAAUCUUGAUGUUGGGAAAAAUGGUGAAGUAAAUGUUUCUCUUCCCAACACACAGGAUUCAGGAACAACUGUUUACAGGGGAUCUAAAAAACCCUGUCCAAAAGAAUGCAUUCUGGUGGUUGAUAAGGAAAAGAGAACCAUCACACUGGAACGUUUAGCCAGCACAGUCCAACUGAAAAAAAUAAGAUCAGCAUCUGGCAGCAAUGCAAAAGCUUCAUCAAGUCAGGGUUCACAACAAAAUGAAACAUCGCUCUCUCAAGAAGAUAUAAAUACCUCAACUAAAGCCAGUGAUACUAGUUUUAACGUCGAGUCCACCGGAGGAUCUAGCAAUAGUUCAAGUUCAGAAUCGGAUUCAGAUCUUGAAGAUGUUGAUGAGGAAGUUGCCUCAAUUGAACAGCAGUUGCAUGCAUCAUUGAUAGAACAGACAAAUGAACAAAACAAAGUAGUAAACGCUAGACCCGAGUCUUCUUCAUCGUUCAACUUAUGUGAAGAUCUGGAAUUGAGCGAAUCUGGAAGUGACAGCGACUGAAAACCAUUGCAGAAUUUAAUUUUGUACAGUAUUUAAAUCCAUAACGGACUCGGAGAAAGGCCGAUGAUGUAGCUAACAUACAGGCCUGAGGGUUAUCAAAACUAUCACAUUACACUGUGGACUUGCCGAUAGCGAGUUAACAGUAAAGACGAAAGAUUUUGAAUACAUCAUGUAAAUAAUGGGAAUAUAUAAAGAUAUAAAUAAAUGACUGGCUAUAUGAA